UAUGAAAAUAAGAGAUAUGUGAAAAACAAUUUUAAGCUUAGAAGCAACCCACACGAUACGACAAUAAUCCCUUAAGCCACUCAACCAACCAACCGAUUUUCCUCCACGUAUGGCUACCACUCCUCUCUCCGCCCGUCCCACUCUCGGCGUCGCCGGCCGUAUCCGCCCUCACCGACGCCCUUCUCCACCGCCCAACCACCACACGCUCGCAACACAACAACUCAAAUCCCACCGCUUCCUCGCCUCCUCUCGCCGCACCUCAUUCACCGUCCUCGCCGCCGGCGGUGGCUCCUCCUCCGCCGCCGACGACUCCUCGUUCGAGAUGUCCGUUGAAACAGCUUUGAAAUUGUUAGGUGUAUCGGAAGGCGCUUCGUUUGAUGAUAUUCUUCGAGCUAAGAAUUCGGUUGUAGCUUCUUGUAAAGAUGACCAGGAGUCAAUUGCACAGGUGGAGGCUGCAUAUGACAUACUACUGAUGCAGAGCUUAUCACAGAGAAGAGCAGGGAAAGUUGUAAAUAGUAGCAUUCGUUAUGCAGAUGUUAAACCUGUAAAUACUCCUCAAAUGGGAUCAAUGCCUCAGUGGGUACAAGGCGCCUUUAAAAAUCCACUAGUUUCAGUAGAAACACCAUCUGCUAGUGAUUUGGGGAUUGAAGCAGGAGUCUAUGGAGCUCUAGCUGUGUUAACUUAUGUUAAUGGUGCAUCCACUCCGGUUGGUUCCCUUUCAGGUGCUGAUGUUCCCGGGCUUAUUUUGGCAACUAGUUUUGGGGCUUCAUUAUAUUUUAUGACCAAACGAAAUGUUAAGCUAGGUAAGGCAACUGUGGUAACCAUAGGGGGUCUAGUGGCUGGUGCUGUGGUGGGAUCUGUAGUUGAGAACUGGUUGCAAGUUGAUAUCGUUCCAUUUUUGGGCAUACAUUCGCCUGCAACUGUGGUAAGUGAAUUUGUUCUCAUUUCUCAGUUUUUGGUCUCAUUGUACUUAAGCUAACCGAGGCUUGAAAUUUCAAGAUUAAAUUAUGACGCCUCUUGAAAUGCGCUCCAUCAUUUAGGAUGUGUUAAAUAUAUUGUACAAAGUGGAUGUUUCAGAACUUAAGUUAUAUAGCUUGAUCUUGAACUAUCUGUGUUUUUUUGUAUAUGUAAUCUGUAUACUGAAAUGUAUCUUAAUCUGUUACUAUUUUCAUCCAUUUGACAAAA